AUGCGGGCGAGAUCCGAUCACAACGACUGCACUACUGCUCGCCGACCCUGCCUACUCGCCGUCAACAUACCGCUCGCCAAUGACUCCGCGCCGCCUCCGACGUGGCCGGAGGAUGUAGUCUACCUGACGCGGUCGCGAGUUGAUCGAGCGUUUCCGCGCGAGCUUCUCCCCCUUCUAGCUCCCAAUGGCUUUAACCCGAAACCAGUCACCUUCCCCGCGCACCUGAUCCAGAUUAAGCGGGUCAGUGACCCGAAGCACCCAGCAAACGGACAGCGCUGCCUCGUCGCAAAGAAGAAGCUCGCUCCGAAGGAACUUGUGAUUCCUUAUCUUGGCGAGAUCCAUGCGACAUUGACGGAUGGUGAGGGCAACGUGACCGGUGACCCACACGCAGAGUCCGAUUACGACCUCUCACUUCUCCGGCUGGCGGCCCAUCACCCCUCGAACCCUACGAAUGCGGAGGUGUCCAUCGGCAUCGACGCCGCGAAAAUGGGUAACGCGGCGCGCUUCGUGAACGACUACAGAGGCAUUGGAUCGAAACCGAAUUGCGAGUUUCGCACGAGCUCGACAGAGGGAUACCUCAGAAUGGAGAUCUGGACAUUGACAGAGAUCAAGAAGGGCGAUGAGCUGCUCAUCUCCUACGGCAAGGGGUGGUGGGGUGCCCGCAAGGAUGUAUAG